UUUAACAGAAGCCCUGCCUUACCAGAUAAAAGAAAAAAACCCCUACUUUUCCACAGACUUGUUUUGUCUUUUUAUCUUACUGAAAACUAGAGUCUGAAAGGAGUCCAGCUCAAGCGAACCGAACCAGCAGCGGCACCAUGUCAACUGGAGAGAAGCGUUAUGAUCCACAAGACACUACCCUCAAGUUCGUAAAGAGGAAGGAUGAUAUAACUGGUGAUGAUGAUCCAGACACUUUAAGGGCAGAGAUGUCCUGUGGUCAUGCUGUAGAUCCAAAUUCAUUAACUGGUUGGUGCAGAAGUUUGCUGGACCAGGGACAGUACACAUUCUCAUGCCCUGCAUUAAAGGAUGGCAGCACAGAGAGCUGUGGAAAGCUGUGGUCUUAUCAAGAGGUCCGGAGACUGGCAGUGCUAACUGAUAAAGAGCAGCAGACUUUUGAGGAAAAGGUUGCCAGUUUAGCCGCUGCAAAAUAUUGUGAAUUUAAAACGUGCCCAGGGUGUAAGACGUAUGUGGAGCGGAGUGACCUUGCCAAUUUGAAUGUUCGCUGCACCAUCUGCACAGCUAAGAAAGCAAAGGCAUACGAGUUCUGCUGGCAAUGCAUGAAUGAGUGGAAAGGACUUGGCCCACGCUCUGACCGAUGUGACAAUGAAGGGUGUGCCAACGAGCAACUUAAAGCACUGCAGAAUUGCCCUUUGAUUAGCUUGCCAGGAACCAACAUUAAGAACUGCCCUUCCAUGCGAGCUUGUCCAACCUGUGGCAAUGUUGUAGAACACAAACUGACAGGGUGCAAGAAUAUAAUAUGUAAUCGAUGCAAGGUUGAAUUUUGCUUUGCCUGUCUAGAGCUUACCCCUGUGUGUCUGGCAGCAAAGAAAGGCUCUUGGUUUUCUCUUUGUGCCAAAGAUAUUGCACCAAGGCAGACAUCGAUUCCUGUCUGGAACAGAGCAAAUUAAAGUAAUCCUGCCAAUAGAUAAACAUGGUAUAUGGGAUCAAAAUGAUCAAGUAAACUUAACAAUAUAAAUGAGUAAAAAUGAAAGAUUUUGAGUCUGGUUUGGCUGCAAAAAAAAAAAAAAACUUUAAUAUUUAGAAGCAAGAUUUUAUAUAUUGGGAUGUUUAGCUAUUGCUCAUUUCUGGGGUAGAUUUAGGAAAUGUUUCUGCCAAUGUGUUUAACAUCAAUACAAAAUGUAAGCUUUCAGUCUUUCUUUUUCUCUUGCUGAAUAUUAAUCACAAUAAUAAUUUAGAAAAAAAGAACAGUUGUAUUAUUGCAAUGCUUUCAUGGGAUUAAGGUACCAUUUUAAAUAAAGACCUUGCUGUUA